GGUACACCGCACAACACUGAAACGAAACAAGCGCAGCGAAAGAUUUUGCAAUCCGCAGAAAAGACUUAUUAAUAAACCGAAUUUUAUGCGGAUGGCCAGCGAGCUGAGGACCUAAGAUGGGCUACGAUGUGAAUCGCUUUCAGGGGGAGGUGGAUGAGGAACUCACCUGCCCGAUUUGCUCCGGCGUGCUGGAAGAUCCGCUUCAGGCCGUGAUGUGCGAACACGCCUUCUGUCGCGGGUGCAUUAAUGAGUGGCUAACCCGACAGCCCACCUGUCCGGUGGAUCGCAACGCCCUGACCACCGCCAACCUGCGUGCAGUUCCUCGCAUAUUGCGCAAUUUACUGUCCAGACUGUCAAUUACCUGUGACAAUGCCCCCUACGGCUGCACGGCCGUCCUCAAACUAGAUGCCUACAAUUCCCAUCUGGAGGAGUGCAUCCACAACCCGAAGCGUCCGUUUCCCUGCGAGAAAGGCUGCGGCUUCGACAUACCCAAGGACGAGCUUAAGGAUCACAACUGCGUCCGGGAGCUGCGCACGCUGAUCGUCAAGCAGACGGAGAAGAUGGGCGAGCUCAAGUCGGAGCUCACAGACCAGCAGCUGACUAUCAACGAACUGAAGCGGGAACUGCAGCUGUUCAAGGACUUUAUGCGUGCCAUGCGCGUCUCCAAUCCUGCGAUGCGGGCCAUAGCCGACCAGAUGGAGCGCGACGAGGUGAUCCGCUGGAGCAGCACGCUGCCCCGAGCCAGGGUCACACGCUGGGGGGGAAUGAUCUCUACGCCCGACGAUGCACUGCAGCUGAUGAUCAAGCGCGCUUUGUCCGAGUCGGGCUGUCCGCCACACAUCCUGGAUAGUCUCAUGGAAUUCUGCCACGAGCGACGUUGGCCACGAGGACUCAGUUCCCUGGAAACGCGACAAACCAACCGUAGAAUCUACGACAACUAUGUGUGUCGACGCAUUCCAGGUAACACAGGCAAGCAAGCUGUGCUCGUUCUGAGCUGCGACAACCUCCAUAUGACUGAGGACGUCAUGAUCGAUCCCGGCCUGGUCAUGAUCUUCGCCCAUGGAAUCGAGUAGGCCCAAUUCGCUGCCUAACCACUUAUCCUAGGUUAACUGCUAACUAUAUCGAACAGUGCUCAGUUUUGUUGAUUCCUUAACUUAAGUGUAAGCAAUUGAAGCAAUAGUGUAAGAAAAAGCUCGAAAAGCGUACCAUUCAAGCGCCUCAUGACGACUUUCAAGUUGUACAAAAAAUUAUACAUUUACUUCGGAUCAUUGUUUUUUUCCAUUUAGUUCGUAAACAAUUUCGCAUAUUCCAUUAAAAUCGCAUACCCAAUAAUAAAUGUUUGAUUAAGCGAUCUCAACACUUAUCCCUUUGUUAUCGUUCACUUCAACUAAUUUUUAUGAAAGGUAGCUGUGAGUGUCUUAAUCCGUGUUUCAAUUCUUAUUGCACACCUUACUUUAAGUUUUGACAAAAUGGUCAAUACUUUUAGAAUACAUGUAAAAAAUAAAUAAUAAAAAAUGUACUUGAA